UACCCAAAUUAUCACAAUUAACUCUUCCUCCAAAAGUUAUGGCACCAUCAUCAUCACCAACCACUCCCAUUAGCAAGGGUCGAGUCCUAAUUGUUGGAGCAACUGGUUUCAUGGGAAAAUUUGUAACUGAGGCAAGUAUUUCCACAGCACAUCCAACCUAUUUGUUGAUCCGGCCAGGACCUCUCAUAUCUUCUAAGGCUGCCACUAUUAAAACGUUCCAAGAGAAAGGUGCCAUUGUCAUUUAUGGUGUGGUAAAUAAUAAGGAGUUCGUGGAGAUGAUUUUGAAAAAGUAUGAAAUAGAUACAGUCAUUUCUGCAAUAGGGGCUGAAAGCUUGCUGGACCAGCUUACUUUGGUGGAAGCCAUGAAAUCUAUCAAGACUAUUAAGAGGUUUUUGCCUUCAGAAUUUGGUCACGAUGUGGACAGAGCAGAUCCUGUGGAGCCAGGCCUUGCAAUGUACAAACAGAAACGUUUGGUUAGACGUGUGAUUGAGGAAUCAGGUGUACCAUACACCUACAUCUGCUGCAACUCCAUUGCAUCUUGGCCAUACUAUGACAAUUGUCAUCCAUCACAGCUUCCUCCACCGUUGGAUCAAUUGCACAUCUAUGGUCAUGGCAAUGUCAAAGCGUACUUUGUUGAUGGCUAUGAUAUUGGCAAGUUCACAAUGAAGGUUGUUGAUGAUGAAAGAACAAUCAACAAAAGUGUUCAUUUUCGACCCUCUACCAACUGUUACAGCAUGAAUGAGCUUGCUUCUUUGUGGGAAAAUAAAAUUGCUCGAAAAAUUCCUAGAGCAAUCGUCUCUGAAGACGAUCUUCUAGGAAUAGCCGCAGAAAAUUGUAUACCAGAAAGUGUUGUGGCAUCAAUCACCCAUGAUAUAUUCAUCAAUGGAUGUCAAGUUAACUUCAAGAUAGAUGGAAUUCAUGAUGUUGAGAUAAGCACUCUAUAUCCUGGUGAAUCAUUCAGGAGCUUGGAGGAUUGCUUUGAGAGCUUUGUUGCCAUGGCGGCCGACAAGAUUCAUAAAGGAGAAAAUGGAGUUACCGGUGGCACGAAGGCUUUAGUAGAACCAGUGCCAAUCACAGCUUCCUGUUGAAGAGUUUCACCUCAAAAACCGUCCUAGGUUAUUCUUUAUUGAGGUGGAUAUUUUUUGAGUCAUGAGGCAUCAUGUUAUUUCCAAGUCUGUUUCAUCAUUUCACGCGUUCUAUUAUUAAUGUAUCCUAAGUAUAAAUAAUUGUUAUCUAUGUACGUUCUGGGUUGCAACAAAUUAUUGUUAUUCUGUGUUGAGAUAAAAGUCUUCA